CCCCCAUGCAGCACUAAAGUAUUCAUUCUUUGAGUCCUGCAGCUGCACAGAGGGAGAGUCUGCAGCUAAAACUGAGCCACAAUAACUUUAAACCUCUGACUUCAUCUCAAGUGUCUCUCAGGGACUCUCAGCCUGCUCUCCCUCCGCGGCCUCCACCUGUGUGCUGUCCAACUUGUGCACUCAGACAACCAAGAACCAUGGCCCAGCAACAGCGGAUCAGCCUCCCAGCCAAACUGAUCAAUGGAGGGAUUGCAGGGAUGGUGGGAGUCACCUGUGUGUUUCCAAUUGACCUGGCCAAGACCCGCCUGCAGAACCAACGCAGCGGGCAGCAACUUUACAAGAACAUGAUGGAUUGCUUAAUAAAGACAGUAAAAUCUGAAGGCUUCUUUGGCAUGUACAGAGGUGCUGCCGUAAAUCUCACCCUGGUGACCCCAGAAAAGGCCAUCAAGCUAGCUGCUAAUGACUUCUUCCGCCAACAGUUGAGCAAAGAUAGUGGCAAGUUGACGGUGAUCAGAGAGAUGCUGGCAGGAUGCUGUGCAGGAAUGUGCCAGGUCACUAUCACCAGUCCCAUGGAGAUGCUCAAGAUCCAGCUGCAGGAUGCUGGCAGGCUAGUGGCCCAGCAGAGGGUGGUGCCCAGUGUGGUCACAACUCUGAAGAUGGGGGGGACCAGUCCAGUUAUCAGCCGUUCUUACAACACCAGGCCUGCACCUCAAGUCAUGCGCGUGUCCGCCAUACAGAUCACCAGAGAGCUGCUGAGGACCAAAGGUGUCCCAGGACUCUACAAGGGGCUCGGGGCCACGCUGAUGAGGGACAUCCCCUUCUCCGUUGUGUACUUCCCUCUUUUCGCACAUCUGCACCAGCUCGGCCAGCAUUCAAAAGAAGACCCGUCCGUGCCCUUCUAUUGGUCCUUCCUGUCAGGCUGUUUGGCUGGAUGCAUUGCGGCAGUGGCCGUCAGCCCUUGUGAUGUGGUUAAGACAAGGCUACAAUCCCUCAAAAAAGGAGCUAAUGAGGAAACCUACAGCGGAGUGGUGGACUGUGUCAGAAAGAUCCUGACAAAGGAGGGUCCCAGAGCAUUCCUGAAGGGGGCCGGCUGCCGGGCCCUGGUUAUUGCUCCGCUCUUCGGCAUUGCCCAGGUUGUGUACUUUGUUGGAGUGGGAGAGUUCCUGCUGGGGUACACCCCCUACACAAUCUGCUCUGCAUAAACAACAAGACCUUUCUUGGUAUUUCUGCCGCCUCAUUAAAUAACAUGCAGCUAUGGAACCAGUUCUCGAUUACUUUUAACCUCUUUAUUGUUGGAGGUUUUCAGAGUCAAAACAAAACGCUAAAGGGACUACAGAGACGCCCUUUUAUCUCACAAUGGCUUCAGAUUAGGCCUUUAGUACGGCUGUCUGUUAUUGAGGAGACAGAGUUGGAAACGUACCAGUCUACAGUGCCUUGCAUAAGUAUUCACCCCCCUUGGACUUUUUCCCAUUAUGUACUGUUACUAACUGGAAUUCAAAUAGACUUAAAUAAAAAUUUUCCCGUUUGAUCAACAAAACAUGCAUAGUACUUUGGAGGUGCAAAAUAAAUUUUAUUGUGACACAAACAAUAAUGAGAACAAAAAAGUUGACAUCUGUUGGGUGCAUAAGUAUUCACCCCCCUGUGUCAAUACUUGGUAGAACCCCCUUUCACUGCAAUUACAGCUGCAAGUCUUUUGGGGUAUGUCUCUACCAGCUUUGCACAUCUAGAGAUGGAAAGGUUUGUCCAU